CCUUGAAAGCCUUUUGUGACUAUAUAAAAAGAGGUGCAAGCUUAGUGCAUACGUUUAAACUAUUUAUUCAUUAGAUGAUAGAAAGAUAAAGAGAAAGAGAAAGAAGGAACAUUAAGUUAUCUAUCUAGCUAGCUCUUGCAUUUCUCAUGAACUGUGGAGUCGUGUUGGGUUUCUAUUGUUGGGGUUGGGAGUUCUUAACUGCUCUUCUUCUCUUCUCUUCUCCUCUCCAUCAAUCUUAAAUAUUCAUUCAUUCAUUCAUUAGCUUAUCAUUAAUUAAUUAUCCUUCUUUAUAAAACAAUAUUCUCUUUAAUUUGCUAGAAAAAUAUAAAAUAAAGUAGAAAUAGAAAUAGAAAAAAAUGGAAGGAGUGGUUAUUAGUGAGAAGGGAUUAUUGGAAUGUGGAAGAAAGUGCACUCCAUCACCCUUCUUGUUGAAGACAUACAUGUUGGUUGAGGAUCCGAUAACCGAUGGUGUGAUAUCGUGGAACGAUGAAGGAACGGCGUUUGUGGUGUGGCAGCCGGCGGAGUUUGCUCGUGAUAUCCUUCCAACACUCUUCAAGCAUAGCAACUUCUCUAGCUUUGUACGGCAGCUCAAUACUUAUGGAUUUCGUAAAGUUGCAACAAGUAGAUGGGAGUUUUGCAAUGAAAGAUUUAAGAAAGGUGAAAGAGAGUUACUAUCCGAGAUUCGGAGAAGGAAGGCCUGGAGCAACAAGCAACAACAAACGGUACAAAACCAAGAUUCUGAUGAAGAUCAAAGAUCGUCAUCAACCUCAUCAACUUCAGGUUACACUAAUCUAGUGGAUGAAAACAAGCGACUCAAGAAGGAAAAUGUGGUGUUGAAUUCUGAGCUAACAAGCAUGAAAAGGAAGUGUAAGGAACUACUUGAUUUGGUCUCAAUUCAUACCAAAAAAAUGGAAGAAGAGGAAGCUAAAGAUAAUGAUAAAAGGCCAAUGCUGUUUGGGGUGAGAUUGGAUGUUCAACAAGGAGAAAGAAGGAUUAAAAGGACUAGAGCUGAGAUUAGUGAAAACGCAAGCAUUUUGUUGUCUCAAUCAUGCAAAUAGAAAUAUAAAUAAAUAUGUUACAAUAGAAGCCUGAAAACAUAAGUUUAUACAGCUUCUGAAAAUUAAAGUCAUAAUCAAAUAUUUGGAAAUCAUAUACAUUUGGUUAAUCAGAUAGGCUUCAAGUUCACUCUGCUUCAAUCUGUUAUUGUUAGUUAGUAGUAUUUUAAAGAAAAUAAAACUGUAAAGAUAUCCCAAACAUAACAUUGUAAUAAUUGUGUUCUGUUAUGUGAUUUAGGAUGAUAUAUAAAAUAGGUUCCAAGUGUUUUUUUUCCAAAGAAA